ACCAGUUCGACCACAAAUUGGCAGAGUACCAUAGGAGGCUGGAUAAACUUCGGGAAGCAGACAACGACGAUCAAGAAAAAUCACAACCCUGAUUAUGAUGACAUCCCACUCACUGAGGAAAGUGAUGAGAUGGACAAGGAAAUUUGUAUGUGUGUCUACAUCAUUGACAUGAUCGGGGAGUGUUAUUCCCCCAAAAAAUCCAACAACCUAAUUAGCAAUGCAUGACUUAAGAUCACCUUUGGUCCCUGGGAGGAUAUGAGGAACCUGAGUUGGGCAUCCGCUUUCCUAGCUUAUAUCUACAACUCCUUGUGUAGUACAACUCUGAAAGUGGAGAAGGAUACUGGUGUCGCGAUGUUCAUCGUUCAAUUUUGGGCUUGGGAUCAUCUGCCAUGGAUGUCGCCGUACGAGUGUCCCGACAAGAAAUGGGGAUUCGACCAUCACUAAGACACGAAGCUUAUGGUUGUAGGUGGAUUGGAGCCACAACAUGCGACAAUCAGUCCAACCACAAAUUGGCAGAGUAUCAUAUGAGCUCAUAUUCGAUACGUACCCUUCCCACGUCGUGGGGUGGCACGUGAGGCAAUUCCCGUUGCAUCGCCAACAAUGGUGCACGAGAGUCUCAUAUUGUGUAGUGGCACGUGCCAGAUCGAUGCUUACGACAAUAUGUCGUGAGCAAUGCUUACCCUUAGAGCCUCUCGAAAGCCAUAAGUCCUUUCACGGAAAAGAUGGUCGACAAGGUACUCGUGAUGAGCUCAUCAAGUUGAGGGACUUCAUCGACCGGUGGAACAAUAGACAAGAUGAAGACAUUGCGACUACUCGAGCUGCGGAACCAAUGGGGUAUCAUGACCCAUACAUGGACCAAUACCGAAAACAAUCAGUGCGGUGCAUAACUUUGAAAAUGGAACAACGUCGUGGCCCUCACGAUGGUCUUCCAUAUUGA